AUGUCGACUUAGGGUCAACAGCCUGGCCUCCGCGUGGAUAUGAUUGAAGCGAGUACUACCACACUACAGUUGCUGGCGCAGCGAAUUAAUUGCCAUGCCAUCUUCUUGCGCGACCGAGGCGUUCCUGCACCAGCCCAUAAUGCCGAACCUACUAUUUCAGCACUUUCAGCUUCAAGUACUGUUAGUCAUGUGUCUCAACAGAACUCGGCGUCCUCUCCGGAUAUCGGUAUUAUCCAUCCGCCGAUACUCCCUGUAUUGUCGUCUGAAUUUAGGCCCAAAAGUUUGUGGACAUUGACUUUGGUUUACAAUUGUUCUCCUAUUUGUUUCCUUAUCUUUUCUAUUCGACUUGUGUCAAUCUUGCAUCUCCGCUAUUUAUCUUCUUCAUUCUUCGCUGCCUAA